CAACGUUCAAAACACCUUUUUUUCCCCUCACAACGUUCAAGUGAGAAGAUGAACUCUCCUGAGAAAAAUGGAAAAGUACAUCUCAAAGAGUCAACGGAGGAUGGAGAUGGCCUGGAGUGUGCGGACGUUCUAAAAGAUGAUCAGGGCGUAAAAGAAGGACACGAAGAAGACUUGGAAGCGGCAGAGAAAGCCAUCCAGGACCGAGCAGAGGCGGUCGCUUCACUUAAUCGGAGGCCCAGCAUCACUCACCAACAGCUUUCUGUGUUUGAUUUUUUACUGAAUUUCCUUUUCCAACACGGCAUGAUGGGGACUUUGGCGUGUUUUGAAGCGGAAUGGUCUGAGCUACUGCAGAAAGGAGAGGUGGAUGCGAAGCACAUCGACCUGAUCCCGAAAGUGUACACUCAGAACCAGCAUUUGGCCGGAGAGCUGAAAAACGCUUGGCAGGAGAAGGAGGAGUACAGGCAGGCGGCCGCUGUCGCAGCCGAGGCCCUGCAGAGGGCCAAGAAAGCCAAAGAUGCCCACCGGCUGGAGCAUCAACGGUUGGUCAGAGAGAAAAACAAACUCAUUGAGGACAUAAAAAAGCUGAAACUGCAGUGUGAGGGCUACCAGCCUGAAGUAAAGAGGAUGAGCGACAAAUACCAGGCGUUGUCAAAGCAGGUCCUGCAGGUGGCGCUGGAGAGGGACAAAGCGCUACUCCAGGGGGACAAUCAGGCUGCCCGACUGGAUGCCGCCUCAUCUCAGACCACCAAUGAAAGCAAUGGUUCAUUGAAAUAAAUCUAACUUCAUAACAA